CUCUCCACCUCUGGCCAGUCCUCUUCCCAGAGGCCCUAGCAGCAGAGUCCCACCACUUCCUGGAGUUCCCAGUAGCAGCAGCAGGGUUUUACCGUCGGGUCGUACCCAGAGUAGACUGAGCCAGCACUCCAGCCACAAGAUGGCGUCCUCCUCCCAGAAGAGUAAACACACCCCUGCCAUCAUCAAGGGCCAUCGCCACUUAAGCUACGGAGGAUCCGUUCCACCGGAGAACAUCACCAUUCAACAGUUUUAUGACCUUACACCUACCAAGAAAAGUAACGUCCGCCUCAACGACCAGCUUAUACCAAAACCAACAGACAUCAACAUCGGAGAGAUAAUGAUAAAGGUUCCAAUUCCAAAAGAACAUCCGUAUCAGGCCCACAUCUCCCGCUUCGCCCUGUUCCCAACGUUCCGCUCACCAGACGACCCCGACACAGGCGUGAGAGCUGCGUCCCUACGACCCCUGAACCCCCUCGUCCCGUCCUCUGCUCCAGAGGUCACCGUGCUGAGAAAGACAAAAGGAGGUCCUUAUCGUCAUGAGGUACUGGAGGCACCCAUGACAACCAGGAAGAAAACCAUCUCAUGGCCAGGACAGCAUGGCUUCCUGGAUCACCCCAAGCCAGUUAAUGGCGAGGCCCAGACCCAGGUAUUCUACCCUAAGUCCCAGAAGACAGUGUUUCCCAACCCCACAUUGCGUGACUGGGACGUCACGCUGUCUGAACGAACAGCCAACAUGCUCCGCAACGUGGAGAAGUCCCACUGGGUCACCUCAUACCAGCUUCACUACACAGGCUCUGGGCCUACUAAUCCCUGGAGGUUGGAUGACUACCAUGAGAACACCGUUGACAUGAUCACUGGGAAGAUAACUCCCUACACAACACAGCUGAGGGAGCGAUCCCACCCCGUCCUGCUGCCCCCUAAACCACGAGACGGGCGCAAGGCCAGAAUACGCCAGGGCCGUCAUAAGGUGGAGAGCACCUACCGCCCUCCUGUCACUGCCCCAGCAGCAGAGUCCCACAGCACAGACCAGACUUCCUCACAUAAUCACCCUGCUGGGCCUCUGGGAACUAUGUCUGGUCACCAAAGUCAUCAGGAGAUAAAGGGGAACCCUUCUAUUCAGGACGGCCAUCCCAACAACAGCCACGGCCACUCAGAGCUCAGUCUAGCCAGGCCUGGGGCUGGAGCUGUGUCUGUGCCGGAGCCUGCUCAGAUGUCUGGCUAUGUGUUCCCUGGUCACCACCUUCAAGAUCAAGGCUCCAGGUGUGAGAGGUGUGGGGAGGAGAGGUGUGAGUGCCAGGUCAAGGAGGUCAGAGAAGGGCUCUAUCACCCAGGGCCAGGGGCAUCAGACCUCCAGCAGAGCAGCCAGGCUCCUAGAGCCUCCCUGGAGAAGGUCACAGACACAGAGAGCUCUCUGGCCUUGUACAGCUGCCAGCUGCCCCAUUCUCCCCUGAAUGAGACCACAGAGGUCACCAAAGAGAAUAACACCCAGAGAGAGGUAUGGUACGAGGACGUUCCUAGCAGCAAGAAGCAGAGCUACACAGCAUCAGGGGGUAGGGUGUUCAGCCUGAGCCAGCCAGCUCCAGCAUUGGCUACUAACAACACAGGGGCGGCAUAUGAAUCUGAGACAGAGCUGUCUGCUGCUGAUCUGGUCUCUCCCAACAUCCGUAACUGGUGUUCAGGUGGGAAUGUAGUUCUGGGUUCUGAGAUGACUGUCAAUCAGACCCUUGAAGAACAGGAUUGGGAGUGGCAGAACAGAGAGAUCCCCGUCCCACGCAGUAUCUCCAACCCCUGUAUCCAACCCCGUCCACAUGCCCUGCCUUCCACCCACCCAGGGGAGAGGGGCCGGUGCCAGCUGGCCCUGUUGGAGCUCCAGGACUCCUUCAGUAAGUCAGAGGUCCACCGUCUCUUCCACAGCUCCCUCCAGGGGGGCGCGGUCCACCUGCAAGACAAUGUACACACCGGGAGAAAGCACCGCUUCUACGGCUUCAACUCCUUCUAUUUCCACAACUGAGCACUGUAUUGUAGACCUACCACUAUGCCCACAGUCUGUAGGGAGUGGAAGACAUCAGAGGGCUUAGUGAGUUGAAUGGGUCUACGGUCUACAACGUUCUCUCUUCAUGAUGGGAAAUCCAACCAUAUACUGUCGCUUACUCAAAGCUACUGACAUGUUUUGCUUAUGAUGUCUGUCUUAUCAUGUCUGUCUUAUCAUGUCUGUCUUAUCAUGUCUGUCUUAUCUUGUCUGCCUUAUCAUGUCUAUCUUAUCAUGUCUGUCUUAUCAUGUCUAUCUUAUC